AUGGCUUCCCUGGCAACAUACAGCAAAAACCCUCCACCAGUGCUAGUUUCCUCGUCCCUAGACGGUCUAGAAAUCGGUGUCCCUCCUUCCAACCAUCCAUCACCAUACUGGCGUGAAAAGCCCUUGCCGAAGACCCCGAGUCGGCCAGUUAGUGUCUACAGCACAGGGGACAAAACUAUCGGCAGUACCAUCAGCCUGGUUGACUACACCGAGAAAGCAGCUGUCAACAACAACGAAAUUCUGUUGGCACCAACCGGAAGGAAAAUAACAAAAUCCAACACCGACACAGACACAACAUCAACACGUUUCUACCGCCGACGAAACAACGUCGCGCAUCGAAACUCACUGGCCACGCGUAUAAAUGAUAGGACCUCUAUAGGGUUCAAGACAUUCCUGACUGAAGAGCAGUAUGGAGUCGGUAUGCAUCUAGCUAGAGCAAAUCAUUACUUCAGGGAAAAGAAGUGGGAGAUUUUUCCCGAAUUGGGACCACAGGCAACAUCGCCAACUUCAACUACACGAUCACCGAGGAAAGGUCGACCUCGGCUUCCGAAGGGUUUCAGUAGGCAACAGAUGUCUAAAGGGGAAGUGUUUGGAAUCAAUCUCAAGCCGAGACUAGUGAGCAAAGGCUCUCGAUUGGGUUCACGAAAGAAGUCUGGCGCUGGGGAUGAUGAAAGAGAGGAGAGCCCACGAGAAAGGGCACAGUUAUUCCGCAACGACUCCUCAAACUCUUCAUUGAAUGACUCUGAUGCAACUCUUGUCGACAACGCUAUCGAAUAUACAGUUGAAGAACGCUCCAAAAAACCCAGUUUUGCUACUGUUCGACAACGUAUGCGUGACAUGUCCCGGCCAUUUGUUUCUACUCGGUCCGAACUCAAGGAAGAAUCCAUAGCACUAUGGAAAUCAACUUCUACCACAGUACUCAGUAUCGUAUCGCAUGCAGAGAGCAAGUUAACUCCGACAACAACGACAGCGGCCAUAAGAGCUCGAAGAAGCUACAGCCAACCUCCUCCUUCGCAGAGGAUCAGACCGCAGAUUAGCACCAGUACUGAUGAUAUAUCAUCUGCAACCAACCCGGACCCUGCCUUAGUCCGAAUGACGGCCCAAAAGCCAAUACUUUCUAUACAAACCCACUUUCAUACCUCACCGACUUCACCGGGAGAAGAAGGAGCAGUACCAGUGAUAUCAAUACCCGAAUACGCGCGCCAUCUCCGAACAAAAAGCAAGACAAAAACCAAAGCCAGCCUUGUAUUAGUCGCAGCUGCCUAUAAUAGCGCAAAGCAAAAGAUUGCGAGCGCGCAAGCGGCGCGUCGAAGGGCAGAAAUGAAGAAACAGAUCCGUCUCGUGGGGCCUAUUGGCCAGUAUCCUGAUGGAUCUAUUAAUCAUUGGGUUUAA